CCAUCACUCCGCUACUGGCCCGGACCGGACGCACGAUUCGGUGCCGCACGGUAUACAGCCUGGGGUAUACCGCUUGCGGACGGGCACUUGUUCAGCUUUCUACCGCCUACCAUCUGCAACAGCCAGGAGAACAAUAACUCUCCGGCAUUUCUUCCUUUGCAUACGUACAUACCACACCGUCUACAACCACCGUUGAUUCCAAUUCAUCGUCACUUUACUCUUUGAGUCCAUCCAUUGUCAACCGUCGCCUGGCUUGCAAGCGCCGGCAUCUCAGCUAGCCUGUUUGUUCUUCUCAAAGAGGGUCCAUGCCAAUCCAAUAACCCUGGCCGUGAAGCUACUACAGAGUACUAAUGAAACAAUGAUCCAUCGUCCAUGGCUAGCAUCACUGACAACAAGAGGAAAAACGGCCGCAACGACUUACCCAGUCUCGCUAAGCCGGGCGGCGGCCGCUAACCAGCUACCCACCCUCAAAUCCUACCCAUGGAGCCGAGACUCUCAGAUCGUAACCGAUGGCGCGGCCGCUUAG